UUAACGACAUUUCUAGCGCGUGCGGAAUGACGCGCCGGUGAAUUUAUAUUUUUAUAAAAUUGACGUAAUUUUUCUGUGCACACGCUGUGUUGAGGUUCAUAAUGGCCGAUCGAGUCGAUUCAAUGUCGGACGCGGAGCUACGCACAAAACUUGCGGAGCACGGCUUCCCGAUCAUGCCGGUCACCGCUUCGACUAGAAAGCUGCUAGUGAAAAAGUUAAAAAUGGUCCUCGAUAGCAAAAAGCCUCGCAACAGCGUCGACAGUAAGGUCGAAAAUAGACGAUCCCUUGCGAGGUAUUCGAGCGGCGAGGAGUCGGACUUGGAUACGACGGCCGCCAAAGAGAAACGCAACCGUCGGGCGACGACGGGCGGGGCGAUGCUGCCACCGGUGACCACGAAAGCGCGGCGAGCACCCGCCAGGCGAGACUCGCCCAAACGGGACGACAAGGGCUCGGAGUCCGAGGAGGAAAAGCCGCCGGUCCGAACGCACGAGGAGGUGGAGACGGUGACGACGCGGCGCGUCACGCGCACUUUCGCCGCCGACCAGGACGACUACGAGACUGGCUCCGACAGCGACGUCGACAGCAACAAGAAGACUUCCAGCCCUUUCCGCAGCAGCUCCCGGUCCAGCGAGCACAACAUAUCGAGCACGCUGCCGGCCAACGACGUCGCCUCGCCCCCUAAAUCCUCGUUGUUCUCGCGGCCCUCCAUAUCUACUACAAACUACUCCACUUUGACGUCAUCUGAUCAUCUCAAUUCUAUAAGGUCGAGGCUGGGCCUGACCUCCUCCCUGGCCGAUCGCCCGUCCUCCAGUAGCUACACGUCGAGCUUUGCAUCCAACGCUUAUCAGCCUUCGACCUCUGUCGAUGAAGUAGAAUCUCCGUACUUGAGUAACUUCACGAGACGCCUGUCGGCUCUCAAGGCGGAACCCCAGAAGCCUAGCACGUUCCUGGACCGUGACAACUCCAACGGUAGCACUGUUCUGCCCCGCAGAUCUUACGCCUCCGGCAUAUCUAGAUCCGACGCUGUCGAUUACAAAGCUUCUAGUGACAAAAACUUUUUGAAGAACAAUCUCGUCUCUCUGGCCCUCGUAGCGCUGGUUGCUCUUUUUUUUUUUUGCUUGUUCUUUAUGUAUAUAGUUAAGAAAAACGAUAUCACAUCUGUGGUGGACGACCAGAACAGUGUAAUACCUAUAUGUCAAUUAAAUAUACCAGGAAAUAGGGCGGGGAUCAACUGUGUGCCUCGAGAUCAGGUCAGCUUCGCUAAGGAUUUACUUAAGGCCAUACAUCCGGAGUUGACCAGCCGAGCCGCUUCUUACAAGUGCGGGAAACCAGGGGCUCUGCCUUACUUAACUGACAAAGAGAUUAUGGAUUUGGCCAGUAUGAGGACUGACAAGGGAGAUGUGGCUCAGUACAGAACAGACCUUCACAACCUCCAAGUGCUGCUCGUGCAUAAUCCCAGAUGGGGUAUCAAUGUUGUUCAGCUGAAAAAUAUAUACACCAAUGAGGUUGACUACUCUCCAAUCACUACAACUGACAUGGUCCUGCAACAGCGAGCAAAGGGUACCGUCGCCUUGGCUCUCUCUGAUCCGGCUACACCCAUUUCUUGCUUAUUUAUAAACACCCUGUACUCUGCUGGCUCCACGAUAAUCUUGAUUGCUGUUCUGACAUUAGUCCUCCUAGGUUUGCAAAGAUUUUACAAGUACACUGUAAACUAUCAAAAAAAGAAAAAUGAAGAAAUUUAUUCUAUGGUGGAGCAAAUCAUCGAUGUGAUAUCACAGGAAACAGAGGAGAGUGGUGAACCUUACAUAUCUGUAGACCACGUCCGCGACACUCUCAUAUCUCCCCAGAAUAGAGAGAAGAUGGCGUCCACCUGGGAUGCCGCCGUUAAAUUUAUCCAAAAAAAUGAGAGCAGAGUUCGAAUGGAGGUGCAGUCGGUGGACGGAGAGGACUGUAGAGUAUGGAGGUGGGUAGCUUCUCACAGCAGCCCCAAAAGAAGCACCUCGUGGCAAGGUCAGGCUUUUGAAACUCAGGAGGGUUCAGUGAACAACCUGACUAUAUCUCCGACUCCUUGCCUCAAAAUCCGUCACAUGUUUGAUAAGAACGAUGCCAACCCUAACCUGAGGAAUGUUAUCCAAGAUGUUAUCCUCGAGAAGUGUGACCAGUGCAACAUCCUCCACAUCGACAUUGAGAAGACAUCCUGCUGUGUUUAUGUGAAGUGUGCAUCCCCUGCUGAUGCUGGUAUUGUGUACAAGAGUUUGCAUGGCUGGUGGUAUGAGGGUCGGCUGAUCACUGUAAAGUACCUGCGUUUGGAGCGCUACAUGCAGAGGUUUCCCUACUCUCCGUCUUCUGGGCCCUACCUUAAACCGCGGCAAAGAUCUACUUGGGAGGAAUGAAAUGUAAUGCUAUAACAAUGCUACAGACAUUGUAAAGCACACUUGAUAUUACUAGCAAAGUUUUAUUAUUUAUUGUGACACACCAAAAUUACAAUUAACCUUGCUUUCAUGGACAGGGCGUAAUACUAUUCUUAGCCAACUAAUAAAGAUUAUAAAGUAGGAUUUCUAAUUUUGUUAU